AACUCGAGGCUAAACAAGUCAGUCUAUCUACGACCAGCAAACAUUACCCAAUGUUCAAUUGGAGGCAACGGUAAAGCUACAGAGUUUUAAAGUGUAACAUUCGCCAGCAAAAAGCACAAAGUGGCUUUGUUAUAAACUACAACUACUCCGUCGUUAUCCAACAUCUAAUAACAAAAAGAACAACAAAUCAAAAUGGCUCAAAUGGUUCAAAUGACCACUGAACAACUGCAACAACUCAUCGAAGCCGUACGCGUAUCGGCUGCUGCCAAUGGCGCUGCCGCCGGUGAAGCCGCUGCGGUGAAAUCCAAGGGCAGUUUCAGCAAUUGUUCCUCCCGUUUCGGUGGCCAAAGAGAUCAUGAAGCCGUUGAGGAGUUCAUCACCUCCAUUGUGACGUACAAAGAAAUCGAAUGUAUCAGUGACGAAGACGCCUUGAAGGGCAUUUCUUUGCUUUUCUAUGGAUUGGCCUCCACCUGGUGGCAGGGAGUGCGUAAAGAAGCCAAGACCUGGAACGAUGUUCUGGCCUUGAUUCGUGACCAUUUCUCUCCCACCAAGCCAGCUUAUCAAAUCUAUAUGGAGAUUUUCGACAAGAAACAGGAUGAGAGCACAGCCAUCGAUACAUUUGUGUGCCAGAAGAGGGCGCUAUUGGCUCAAUUGCCUGACGGUAGACAUGAUGAGGAAACCGAAAUCGAUUUAAUCUAUGGCCUACUCAACAUUAAAUAUCGUAAGCACAUUGCACGCCAUGACUUCAAGACAUUCCGCGAAUUGCUGGAGAAGGGUCGUAUCAUCGAACACAACAUGAUGGAAGACCAAGCAGAACAAUCCGGUCCUGUCCGUGGCGCCAGAGGCACAAAACGUUGUACUUAUUGCAAUUUCCGAGGACACAAGUCGGAAGAAUGUCGCAAACGCAAGUCUGCGAACAACGACGACUAAACUACAAAACUCCAACCAAAAGAAAAGAUGAUGUCACCAACGCCGCCACUGAAAUCCCCAACAACUAGCUUAUAAUUAGACACACGCACACAUAGUGAAUGGUCAGCAGUAAGUUCAGUAGGAGAGAAGAGUGUAGUGACAUCAUAAAAUACUCAAAAAAAAAAAAAAUGCAGGCAGAGUGCAGAGUGUUCUUCAUCUCCUCGCUCUGGCAGAGAACUUUACCUGUGUUUUCUCAUUUUCAUUUUCAAAAUUAAAAUUAACAAAUUUCUCCCAUAGGUUUCUCUGUGGUAUGGCCUAAGAGUUUUCCAUGACGAAUCUGGUGUGUUUUAGUGUUUCAUGUAUGUGGUUGAUGUGAAAUAUUUAAAUCGCUUGAUGGGUUAUGGAAGACUUUUUUUGUCAUGCAAGGAGUUCACCUUAUAAUUUUGCAAGGCUUUACACGCCUUCUCACGCUGUGUUGCACAAACCGGCUCUACAGGCUAUGAACGCCUGGCCCCCCAUAUCUACUUAAUCGCAUAAUUGGAUUUUAUCUAAUUUGAUUGAACAUUUGUACCACAACACAAUUAUAAGCCGGAUAUCUUUAAUAUCCAAGCCCGAGUGCUUCCAAGGCUUCUGGUUGACAGUUACUUGCUUUUUAGAAUCUCUAUGUAUGGUGUUCCAGGCUGUGGGCAGUUGUAGGCGCAAAGGCAGGAAGAAAUUCUUUGUCUUUGUUAGCCUUAGACUGCUUAGGCUGAAGAACAUCAUGGAUCAAGUUUUAAAAGCUAACCUAACUGUUGACCACAAAGCCCGAAGAAGUGCUAACCCCGUUGUAUUCAGGUGCCAUUUGCGUUAGAAUUAGGAAAAUUAAUUCAUUCAAAAUUCUGAUUGUUUUUAACAUUUUUGCAGGUUCAUUUUUUCCCCCUGGAAUUAAAUGAAUUUGCAAUAAUUUUUGUAAUAGUUAAUUUUUUGUUUGAAGAAAUUUUCCCUUAUUCUGCGCAUUUUUCACCUGAAUGCGACAAAAAACCCCCCGCUGCUUUGAAAUAUUUUAAAAAUAUUCUGGGAUAUGAUAAACGCAGUGAAUUGAAGUUUUCUCUUUUUUAAGGAGGCCAUCUCUUGAAGUUGCAGCUGUUCCAAACCCUCGGGUGAGGUUCGGCUUCAAUGGAGGGAGUUGGGCAAAAUUUAAAAGGUUUACCUCAAAACUCACUGAGGUGUUAAGCAGUUUAAAUUUUUUGAAAUAAUUUAAAGUAGCAAAAAAUUAAUUUCGCAUUGGCGAAAUUUUUGAACUUUAUCAAAAAGCUAACUUUUGACAAGUUAACAAUUUUAUUGAAAAUUGUACUACAAUGGCUAUGCUGUCGCCAUUCGUACAAUGGUCACGCCAACGCGAGACCCUAAGAUUUGUUCUACAAAACAUAAAACUUCGAUAAUGGCACGGCCAAAACCCAACAGCUAAGAGAUACGCCAAGGCUAAUCAAUAACCUCCUUAUUUGCCAUGGCUUCUCUAGCUGCCUUCUUACACAACUAGAGUUAAUGUUUUUUAUAAAUUUAAUUGUAUUUUUAUAAAUUCAGAAGUAGCCACACAAUAAUUUGUUACAAACAACAAAAAUGUAAAAAUCAAACAAAUGAUGCGUCAACUGGAGGUUUUAAUGGCCCAGGGGGUGAAAGAUCAUAUGAAAUCAGCCAAUGCCAGUGGCAACCACUCCAUUGGAGCGACAUUGGUCUUCAUGUGUUUCAUAGCCUCCAUCAAAUAAAUUAUUUGAUUUGUUUUUUAACCCUUGCUACUCUUUCGAAUUUUUACCGAAAAUCUUUUAAUUUAUUUUUUCAAAACUCUAGUAUGAUUUUGUUUAAACUCGAGCAUUGUUUUAGAUGAAUUACUGUUUGAUGAUGGAAAGACUGCUGUUAUAUUAGAUUUAAGUGUUUUUUUACAAAAAAAAAAAAAGAAAAAAUAAUAAGAAAAAACAAACAAAUUAAAAACAUCUAAGUAAUAGCAAUGCUAUUGAACAAAACCAAAA